AGUUGCUUACUAAAGGUAGGCAUCAUAUUCAAGGGACAGCACAAACACAAACGCAAUUUUAAUCCUCUAAAAAAAAUUAUCGAGACAGUGAGAGAAAAAAUGGCAGCUUCAGCAGCAGCAGAGGGACAGGUGAUUGGAUGCCACACAGUUGCGGAAUGGGAACAUCAGCUGCAGAAGGGGAAUGAAUCCCAUCAACUCCUGGUUGUUGAUUUUACUGCUUCAUGGUGUGGACCAUGCCGUUUCAUUUCCCCUUUCUUGGGAGAGCUGGCCAAGAAACUGCCUCAAGUUACCUUCCUGAAGGUUGAUGUGGAUGAGUUGAAGUCAGUAUCUCAAGACUGGGCUGUGGAGGCAAUGCCAACAUUCAUGUUCCUCAAGGAUGGGAAGAUUGUGGACAAGGUCGUUGGAGCUAAGAAAGACGAACUGCAGCAGACUAUACAGAAGCACUUGGCUACUGCUUCAGCAUGAAGUGGAUAUUUCCAUUAGCUACUUUUAAAUUCUCUUAGACUGCUAUUCACUUUAUUCCAACUUUAAACUAUAAUGUCAGUUUGCUGGUAGCCAGAUUGGUUUUAUUUUUCUUCUUCAAAUGAAUGAAAAUUGAUCUGCUCCAUGUCAAUUUUAGUUUGCUUGACAA